AUGGUUACAGAGACGGAAUCGCCACCGUUGAUUGGACCUCGUAUUUCCUUCUCAGCUGAUUUAUCCGACGGUGGAGAUUUCAUCUGCAUCAGCGGUCCCGUACUGUGCAAGGAACUAGAGAAGGAUGCCGUAAAAGGGUCAGUGAAAGUCGCCGACUUUGAGUUCUUGUCUGAAAAUGUGAGUCCACAGAGGAUGCUUAGCGCCGACGAACUCUUCUCCGAAGGAAAGUUGCUUCCUUUCUGGCAAGUAAAGCACUCGGAGAAGCUUAAAAACGUAACCUUGAAGACGAAAGAAGAAGAAGGAGAUGAAGAGAAUCGUAAAGUGGAAGUGACGAUGAAGAAUAAAGAUCAGGAGAUUAACAGAGUGAGUUGGUUUAUAGACGAAGAUCCAUCUCCUCGUCCUCCGAAAUGCACAGUGCUUUGGAAAGAGCUAUUGCGGUUGAAGAAACAGAGGAACUCGUCUUCUUCGUCGUCGGUGAGGACUGUGUCGUCGCUGUCUCCGUCGUCUUCUACGUCAUCAUCGAGCUCGCUUGAGGAUGCGGCGGCGAAGAGAGAGGAGAGAGAAAAAGAAGGGAAGAGAGGUAAGAAAGGAUUAGAGAGGACGAGAUCGGCGAGUAUGAGGAUAAGGCCGAUGAUUCAUGUCCCUAUUUGCACUCCUUCUAAAUCCUCUGUUCCGUUUCCUCCUCUGUUUCCGAUUUCACUCAAGAAAAACAGAGUAGAGAGACGCACUUAA